GAUUCAAUUAGAAGCACCGCGUCGGGAUAUUAAGUCGCAGCGGAAAUUUACGGCCGCUCGUCGAGAGCGAAAAAUGCGUUUUCCGUAAGCAGCCUGCGUCGAUGAGCGUUCAUUAUUUGUUUUACGAGGCCAAUAAAGAUCUCGCCGCGCGCUCUUGUAAUGGUGCCCGCGAAAUUCUAUACGCGCUGCAUUAGCAUCGUCGCAGCGGAAAGUUAUUACCGUGCGAGCAGACGUUUGCUCAUCGACUGCGCAAAUUGCGACGUUACAGCUUUGCGGAGCACAGCUGAGCGCAAUUAAAAGAGCAUCGCGCUACCACGGGGACGGCAAAAUUACAGAAGCGAAUCGCGCGUUGCGCAACGCGCGAGCUUGUUUUUUCCGCGAACGCGUCGAUCAAUGAUGCAAAUACCAAUUCCAAGCGGUGAGUGUCGCGCGAUAAUCUUGUGCGCGCAUCGCCGAUCGCGUAACAUCGUUCGACGCCAACGAUCAAAACACCAAAAAAACCGCGAGUGCACGCACUCGCGUUCCCUCUUUCUCCGAAGAUCCAAAGAAUGAGAAUGACGCGAAGUUCGAUGGCGAUUCGAGAGGUAUUGAGUCCUGAAAAUUGUUUUCACGAGCCACAAUCGCGAUUUUUUGUCCGUCAGCCUUGCACGCGCGGGACAAUCGACCGUGAAUUGCUAAGAGCGAUACGCGUAGAAAGCACGAGAUUUGGCACGCGUUCCAGAUGCACACCGACACACAUUGUCCUACCAUCGAUUUUGUUACUUCUCUGUUCCGGGACGAUAGCGUAGUUUUCGCGCAGCUGUGUCAUCGGCGCGAUUCGCGCCAGAGUUUCGUUAUGAAACGACCGCGCAAGGGCGGGGGAAGAGGGGCUGCGGCUCUGCCGAGAAAUCUCUCGACUUACUGCCUCGGGUGCGUCCAAGUCAUAUCGGCGUUCGCUCGAGCAAACGGAGCUUUUAUCGUAGUCGCGAGCCUUGUUAUGUCUAUAUCGAGAGAAUAAUCAAUGAGAGCGCGACGAGCGCAUUCGCCAGAUGGAAACUGGAUCCGUCGGCGCUUGCUCUCUCGCUGUCGGCGGCGGUCCACGUGGUCCACGAGCACGAGAGCGCCGAUAAGGGCGUUCGCGCGCGCACGAUCAUCCGAUCUUACGUCAGUCGCGCGGCUUCUCUCUCCUACUCCGUGUUCACGCGCUCCUCGGCGUCUCUCUGCCUUGCUCCGUUUUCGCGCACUCGGCGCCGGGACUCCGCGCCGCGACCUCUCUCAGUGCGCACGCUGCCCUGCCCUUAUCGGUCCCCCGACCCGAUGGUUCAUCGUGCUCGGACCCGCGCGCACGUGAGUUUGAUAAGCGGUAGGUUCGCUCGUCGAGCGAAUCACGUUGCUCGUUCCUGCAGCGACGUCGCCGUGUCGUCGUUGCAUUUCAAAUAUUCCAAAUAAGCCCGAGCGACGGUGCAUGCGCGAAUAGGCAAGCGAACGACGCGGCACUUGCGCCGUGAGUCCGCGAGAAAUUCCAGAAGCGCGAGUCAUUCGCCGAGCAAGUUGCCGUGUCCGUCGAUAACGAUAAGAAAGAGUCGCGGAUGAAUCGCAUCACCGGAUAGUUUUUGGCGCUCUACGUCGGAACGGACGGCGACGCGCGCGCGUGUGUCAGCGUCCGGAUGACUAAGAAUCGAGACACGGCCGCGGUGCCUUGUCCGAUCGCGCUCUUUCGAGAAAACCAGCUCGACCGGCCGCUGCGUGCGUCGAUGACGAAACGGCCGCGGCGUCGAGACAACGAGGCUCGCGAGGAAGCCGGAACGCGCGCUCACGGCACGGCCGUCGCACCGGGCAGGCGCACACGCUCGCGCGACUUAUUUUUGCGAGACUUUGCGUUGACGCCAAGCUCGCGCCGCGCACCGUCGGGCUGCACCGUCCGAAGCGCGUCGACGAUUUUUGUCGCAUUUCGCGUCCAAAGUGGACGAUUUUCUGCUAUUCUGCCAUUUUCGUGUUCGGGGAAAAGAUCGAUAGAAGCUGAUUGAGAGGGCUAGAACGAUAAAGGCGCGAUCAGCGCGAAAAAUUCAACUGAUCUGACAUUGACCUGGCCAGCCCGAGCGAGCCCUGCGCUUCGACUGUAGCGCGGCCGGCUAUUUAAGCGUCCUCCAAGUGGAGCGUGCGGACUAUUAUGAGACUUCGGUGAAAACCAAAAGACCUAGUUUCGUUUAUCCAUCGAAGCGGCAACGCUCGAGCAAGCUGUUUUAAAAAUUAAGCAGGCAUUGACGUUCUGCGCGACCAUCGCGUUUUCGUGCGCUUCCCCACGCUCCCUGCGACGCGCGUCGUGUAGCCGUGUGCAGCCUGUGAAGAAAUCUAGCGUGAUUUUUAGUUCACGUUGCCGUAGCUUACUUCGACGUGCGAAAGGAACAGACAAGCUGGAUGGGAUUGAGGUUUUUAGUAUAGAGAAAAUGUCCAGAAAAAGGACUUUACCAGAAGAACUAACAGCAAACAUGUCAUCCUCUUAUAAUUAUCAUAAUGGUGUGGACAAUGCAUCAUGUUCCAGAGAACAAUCACCAGUGUUUCCAUCAAUAUGUAAGGAAGCACCUUUCAGCGAUGAACCUGAUGCUUUGGCAGAAGCUGAAGCGUGUGACUACAAUAUCAAAAUAACUAUCAAACAAGCAAAAUCAGGCAAAGCUCCUCGCAGAGUAAGAGUGUAUGCCGAUGGAAUAUACGACUUAUUUCAUCAGGGCCAUGCAAGACAGUUGAUGCAGGCUAAAAAUUUGUUUCCUAAUGUCUACUUGAUGGUGGGAGUGUGCAACGACGAAUUAACUCACAAUAAAAAAGGGCGAACAGUUAUGACUGACGCCGAAAGAUACGAUGCUGUCCGACAUUGUCGUUAUGUUGAUGAAGUCAUUAGAGAUGCACCCUGGACACUGGACGACGACUUUAUUGAAAAGCACAAAAUUGACUUUGUAGCUCACGAUGAUAUUCCGUACAUCACGGAUAGUGGAGAGGAUUGUUAUGCUAAAUUGAAGGCUCGAGGAAUGUUUGCUGCAACGCAACGUACGGAAGGAGUGUCAACGUCAGACAUUGUCGCAAGAAUCGUCAAAGAUUAUGACAUUUACGUCAGGCGAAAUCUUGCAAGAGGCUAUAGUGCAAAAGAACUGAACGUUUCUUUUUUAAAUGAAAAGAAAUUCCGUUUGCAAAACAAAUUUGAUGACCUGAAAGAUAAAGGAAAGCGUGUAAUGGAAAACAUAGGAGAGAAACGUAGUGAUAUACUGAGCAAAUGGGAGGAAAAGUCAAGGGAUUUUAUCGACACGUUUCUUCUUCUCUUUGGAAGAGAGGGACGCUUGUCAACAAUGUGGAACGAGGGCAAGGGUCGGUUAAUGCAAGCCCUCUCGCCCCCUGCCAGCCCGAAACGUGAUGGAAGCCCCAACAGCAGUAGUAAUAGCAGUCACCACGACGAGGACCAUGCAAGUCCUCCACCGAAGAAGACUGGUCGCUACGAGUUCUCUCACGGUAAUCAUUAUCUCAGCGAUGAUUAUAGCGACGACGACGAGAUACAGCAUCGCGCCAAGUGAUUUGCACGCGGAUCGGCCCAAAUCUUGUCUUUCAAAUUCUGUCAACUACGACUAAAUGUGUACCCUUUCUCUCGUUUUGUCCUUGUUUUUAUUUAAACGACUCGCAGAGUUAUUCAAUGCUAAAAACUAUAUUUGAUAAGGAUCGGCGCUUAUAUAGUUGGUCAGUCUUAUAUUUCGUCGGUCAUACUACGUAGAAUUGUUUUAAAAAUUUUUUUAGAAAUUAAUACAGGCAGCACACAGUUGAAUAUAAUAAAAAUAAUAUGUUCUUUUUUUAAAUGAAUAUUCGAUCUUUUCGGCCUGACAAACGAGAUAUCAGUUAUCAAGCGAUGCUUUGCUUCACGUUGCACUAUAUUGCACUAAUACGAGGAAAAGUUUGAAUCUUAAGUAAUUCUAUGUAGAUAGUUCGUUUCCCUCGUAUAUUGAGCGCUAAGUGCCCACGUCUAUAAUACAUAAAAAUACAUCGUCCCGUGGAAAAGCGGCGUGAGUGAGAGUGAGAGAUAUAAACGAGCAGAUUGAGUGAACGUUGGAGAUAAAGAAAAAAAUUUGUUAUUUUUAAUGAGAAUUUUCGUAAACGUGCACGAUGAUUUCAGUAUCAUUUCUAUAAUAUUUGAUUUGUCUUUUAUAUACACAAAAGAAAGAAUUUUUAUAGAAUAAUUUUCUUGAUAAAGUAUAGAUUUAACGAUAACAACAAACAACAAACUAUUUGAUAAUAUAUUACGUAUGUAAAGAGCGGUGCAUAAUGGCAAACAUGUAAAAAUUGAUUUUGAAAUCUAGGAAAAUAAUAUGGCAUUGUAAGCCCACGGCAUGUGUAUAAUCUUGAUGUCGUUGGACGAAAAAUUCACGCACGCACAAUGUAUGUACAUGUCGUUGUAGUUAUGUCGUUAAGACUCAUGUUGAAGAAAUUUUGUUAUUUUUUAAAUUUAUUAUUUUAUUACUGUCUAUGAUAUUUGAAAAAAAUCAAGGAAACAAUUAAUUGAAUCUCUUUUUUCAUUAUUACCAUAUGUCAUUAUUGAUGAUUGCGCUUGUUGUGAAGGCAGCGAAAUAUAAUGAGACUAUUUAUUGCAGAAAUAAAAAAUUGAAUGCUAUAUUUCUUUAGGAAGUAGUCGUGACUACUCAUCUAAUAAAUGUAUAUCACUUGUAAAGCAUCAUUCUGUUGAUGCGGAAAGAACUACAAUUCCUUGUGUACAGAAAAUUAACAAUAGUACAUUUCAUUAUAACGUAUUAACGGCUUCUGAUCGAAUAAAGUCGUCCUUUACAUUUCCAGAUGAUAUAUUAAGAGUGCUUUUAAGCAAUGAAAAAAAAACAUCGAAAAUCAAAUUGCUGUUACGAUUGAAAAUCAAAGCCUAGACACCAGACUAGUAAUACAGAUAAAUAAUAAACCAAAUAUUUUUUUGUCAGGAGCUACUCCAUAUUGCGUGAAAACAAAAUAAUUUCAAAUCACACUAUUGAUGAACUGGUGCUACAGUGUAUAAAGUGAAUUUUGUAAACACUGGGCCGAGAUUUACUAUAGUGAGGUUCUGAACGUAAGUGUGAUUUGUAGAACAUUUGUUACUGAAAAAAAAGUCUGCGGCGCAUUUUUUUAGAUCACUUUUUUUAUAAAAUUACUACAACGCUUUUUAGAAAAAAAGGAAACUGUGACUCCAGCCGCCUUGUAUAUGUUUAGUAACACAGAAAUAGUUAAAUGAAGAGGGAUAAGAAAUUAAAUAAAUAUAAGGAAGUUAAAGCGUCGUUUAUGCGGUUUUUGAAGGCUUCGAGGAUAAUUAGGUCAAAUUUUUUUUAAACAUAAGAAUUCGCACCAUAAGUCUUGACAAAAACAAGAGUGUAAAACGAUUGUAAUUUGAGAGAUUUUUAAAACACGAUUGCGGUCUGAAUAUACUGCACGUGAAUAUUUCUAUCUCCAACAAUGAAUCAAUGGUGCCUAAAAAAUUUUUCAAUUGCGUCGAUUUGUUAUUAGACUCGGAGAUUUCUGCAUAAAGUGCAGCGCCUGCAAUGUCAAAUGAACGAGAAAUAAAAGGCGAUGAAUUUAAUUGCA